AUGGCGCCUUCCCGCACCAGUACCGUAAAAAACAAAAAUGCAUCCAAGCAUGCUGCAAACGGCUCUGGAAUCCGCAACAGCAAAACCGUUUCUCGAGCUCAAAGCGAUGGAGUCUCGAAAUCGAAAGGCAAAAAAGCUACACAGUCUAAGGGAGCCCCACCAAAACAGCAGAAGCAAGGAAGUAAAUUGGCGACGUUGAAGAAGAAGAGGAGAGUUUAUACGGAGAAGGAAUUGGGUAUCCCGGCGCUAAACAUGAUUACACCGGUGGGAGUAGAGAAGCCAAAGGGAAAGAAGAAGGGGAAGGUUUUUGUGGAUGAUAGGGAAUCCAUGAUGACGAUUCUCGCAAUGGUAAACGCGGACAAGGAUGGCCAAAUCGAGAGUAAGAUGAUGAGAGCCCGUCAGAUGGAAGAGAUUCGAGAGGCGAGAAAGGCAGAGCAUGAGAGAAAGCAGCAAUUACAAAAGGAAAAAUUAAGUGAAAUGAAGCAGGGUUUGAGGAAAAAGAGAAAUAGAGGGGGAGAUGAUGAGGGUGAUAAUGUGAGGGGAGAGGCAUUGGCUGGAACGAAACCUUUGAAGCCUAAAAAGAAGACCGUUUCGUUUGCUUGA